GCCACGCGAAUCGCCCUGGGACAAUAACAACAGCAACAUUCGUUGUUCCUUCUCUACCAUUCAUUCAAUCAAUCGUCCGACCCAACAAUUCUCUCUCCUGCGUUCCAUUCCUAAGUUCCUACCAUCACCCCGCCCACCAUGGCGCCUCCAAACGCCGCAAACAUACCAACACCAGUCCCCUUUCCACAGCCAGCAUCUAUCCAGUCGCCUCAACAAUCCUCUCCAACUGACACCGCCGCGCAAUCUUCUACAACGCCCCAGCGACGUUCACGCACCUCUACCAAUGCAUCAAUCACUUCAGCCACAAAUCGUAUUCGGACAGCUAGUGUCAAGCUCAUGGAGGCCGAUGCGCCGCUAGGCAUGUGGGCCGCUACCGGGCAGACCGCAUCCAAAGCACCAUCCAUCUCAGAGAUUCGCGGAGGAACAUUUGGCACCGCAGGGUGGGAUGAAGAGUCACAAAGGCGCAAUGCAGGAAGGCGCGCGAGCCUCGCCUCAGAGAGCGGAAAGAAUGCGAGGAAAUCGAGCACCACGCCCGUCGCUACAACGGAAAGCGCAACGCAAUCUCCAGCGGGUAAACAACCUACCAAGACAAGCUCCUCUGGACUACAAACCGCAGCGGUCGGAACGGAGCCUUUCCCCGCCGUCACGGAAGAGGAGAUGAGUGUUAUUCCUACUCGCGAAAGCGCCGCGACCCAAAUAUUCACAGAAGAGCCCAAGCGCGAUGAGAUUGCGCGUGAUUAUAGACCAGCUUCAUACCAAAAGGAGAGCUCUGAGUUGAUGGAGAGGGAUAGAGACGGUCACGACGAAUCGCGGCGACCUCUCAAUGAACGCCAGUACUCGAAUGGCUACAUUCCUCCACCUAAGGUCCCCUGGAAAACAUCGACUGUGAUCGGCCUCAAAGCCUUUUGGAAAUGGUUCCUCACUCCGGCUGGGUUCUUGAUAACAAUCUAUUCCCUCAACAUCGUUGCAUGGGGUGGCAUGCUCUUCCUGCUGCUUUGCAACGCAGCCCCAGCCAUGUGCACACCAACCUGCGACGACAUAAAUUCGCCGCGAAGGAUAUGGGUCGAGAUCGAUUCGCAGAUUCUGAACUCGCUAUUCUGCGUGACGGGAUUCGGAUUGGCCCCAUGGAGGACCAGAGACGUCUACUGGUGGGGUAUGUGGAGGUUGGGAGGUUCCAAGCGCAAGUUGACAGGUAUUCGAAGACUCGCCGGCAUCCACCGAGGAUGGUUUCGUCUCCCAGGUUCGGAUAGCUUGCCUGCACUUGCAAAAAUGACAAACGUCAGCCCUGAAGAUCCGUCCGUACCGAUCCCGCAUAGCAAAAUCCCCGACCCACCACCGACUGGGAUCCAUGCUCCGCCGACAUCAGGAUGGAAAAUGGACUUCGUUGUCUGGAUGAACAUGUGGAAUACUCUGUUCCAAAUCGUGCUGUGCUUCUACAUGUGGCAUUACAAUAGAUAUGACCGACCAUCGUGGGCGACCGGCUUGUUCGUCGGCUUAGGGUGUACUGUCGCUGCUGCAGGUGGCAUCAUGAUGUAUCACGAAGGCAAAUACGUCAAGAAGGUUGAGGGAGUGCCAGUGCCGAAAGGAUACGAAAACCGGCCCCUAGACGACCUCGAAGCAAAUUCGACCCAAAAAGACACAGCUCAGCCUGUUCUGGCACAGGACGCAAAAACCUGAAUGGUGUCCAGUAUGCAUUGCAGUUUACCAAUAUCUCUGCGUGCGAGUCUGUGAUUGUGAUUGGCCCGGCACAAUCUACCUUAGUUCACUUCUUGGCGUUGAUCUUCCUUGUCUUGGAUUCCUCUCGGACAAUGAUCGUCCUAGAACUCGCUCUCGUCACAGCAUAAACAUAAUCUUCACACGUGUUGCUACUUCUUCAGAUACCCCGUAAUUCAGCAUACACUUUUAUCUUCUUGCUCGUACGAAAGUCUUGUGAUUCAUUUGGUGGCCACGAACAUGGAAAUAGUUCGGCUAACAUGGGCCGUCGUUCGUUG